AUGCCCGCGGCGCCGUGGUCCCAGGACUCGACGAUAGUGAUUGAGCUUGCAGUGGUUGAGGCUAUAGCUACUGAUGCGCCGAGCCCGCCGCCUGUCUCCUCAACGGUCCUGACCGAGCUUGUGGUUGCAGAAGCUCUUGGCGCGCCGUCAGCCGCUAAAGGGACCACCUCCUCCGAUGAUCUCAAGGAGACCGUCAUUGAAAGGCUCCGAGAGUUCCUAUUCUUUGGGGUUCACCAAAUGACCACCGCUGAAGCAUUCAUGGAGUUCAAGUCCUGUCUGGAUACGGCCAUGGCGUUGGGUCUGCUUGACUCGGCUCAGCUGGAUGAGCUACAGGCUCGCUUGGCCGAGGGCAAGGAGAUGAUCGGUCGAUACAUGAGGAUGACCGAGGGGUGCUCGCUCGAGCAAGAGCUGUCGGCGAUAAAAGAACAAGUCCAACCUGCCAUGGCCCGUUUCAAGGAAAAUGACCUCGUUAUCCAAAGAGAGAAUGAGGAACUUGCGCAGGUCGAGGUUCAGAUUGCCGAGCUCCAGGCCCGUUGA